AUGACAAAUAUACAAAAUAAUAUGUUAUCUUUUUUUUCUGUAUCAUCAAAACAUUGUAAGAAUAAUAUAAAUGUUGUUAAAUGUUAUAGAAGAAGAAAAAGAAGGAAAAGGAAGAAAGGAAUGUAUCAUCAUAGAUGUUUAAAUAUUAGGAAAUUUAUAAGAUAUGAAAAAUAUAACAAGUUAAAGAAUAAUUAUAUUUAUAUUAAUAUAAAGAAAAUUAUAAGAAAUAAAUUAUAUGAGAAUAAUUCUAAAUAUGUUUUUAAUAAUAAUAAUAUCAAUAGUUGUAAAAGAAAAAAUUUACAUUUAUUACCAUUUUAUAAUGAUUCUUAUAUUACAAGUAUAUAUAUAUAUGAAUCUCUAUUUUUAGUUACAUGGUCUAAUGGAAUCAUUAGCAUAUUAGAUCAUACAUAUAAUCAUAUUGUUUCAAGAAAAGUAACUAAUAAUUUGAUAAAAAAUUUGUGUAUGAAUUGUAAAGAAAAUAUUAUUUUUUUCAUGGAUAAUAUGGAUAAUCUGUAUAUUAUUAAUUUAAAAAAUAAUGUUAUAAAUAAAGGAAGACAUAAAAAUGUGAUGAUACAUAUAUCUGAUAACAUAUAUGAGAAAGAAUAUAUUUAUAAUAAUAAAGAUUAUAAUAAUGAUCCACAGUAUGACAAUUUACUUGUAGAUUUUACAUACAAUAAAUUAAACAAUAGAAGAAAGGGAAAAAAAAAAAAAAAAAAACUCAACGUGAAUAAUAAAAAGGAGAACAUAAUAAAUUCUAUUAUAUCAAAUGAAAUAAUUAAAUAUAAUAUAAAAAAUUUAACAACCUUUUGUAUAAAUCCAUAUUACAAUAAUAAUAAAAAUAAUAAUAAUAUAUGUGUAUUAACAAAUAAAAAAACAGUUUCUAUAAUAUAUAUUUAUGAGUAUCAUAUAAAUAGUGUUCUUUUAUUUAAAGAUGAUAAUAUUUUAAAUAUUUAUUGGUAUGAAUGUUAUAUAUUUAUAUGUACUCCUCUAUCUCUUUUUGUUAUCAAUUUUUUUGACAAGACAAAAAUUGCUCAAAUGAAGUUUAUUGAUAUUUUAAGUAGGAACAUGGAUAAAAAAAAAUUUUCAUAUAUAGAAAAUUAUAUAGGAGUUGGAAAAGAAAUAGACGAAUAUAACAAAAAAAGUGAUAACAAAACAAGUGAUAACAUAAAUGACAAUAUAAAGAAUAAAUUAAUCCAUUGUUAUAAAAAUAAUUAUCAUGGUAUAUAUGAAAACCUUUUAUAUGUAAUUAAAAAAAUGUGGCCCAAUUUUUUUUCUGUUCAUAUUUGUUGUAGCACCCAAAAAGGAGUAUAUAUUAUUGCAAAGGAAAAAAAUAUAAAAAUUAUAAAAAUCCAUAAUAUAAAUGGUAUUGAGAAAGUAUCUAUUUUAAAAGAUUUCUAUUUAGACAAUUAUAUUUUAAGUAUAAAUAUAUUAUAUGAUACCAAUUAUAUUCUAUUAAAAAAUGAUUUUUUUUUAUCAGUCAUAUGUUUUAAUAUGGAUACAUAUAUUUCAAAUAUGUUUACAAAUUAUGAGCAUUUAAAAAAAAAGAAAUUUAUUGAACAUUAUAUAUUAACCCUCAACAAUUUUAUGUUACACAAAAAGAAAAUGAGAAUAUUUCAAAGAAAAGAAAAAAAUGAGAAAGACAAAAUUAAUGUUGCAGGAGAAAAUAUAUAUAAGGACAAUAUAAAUAUGGACAAUAUAAAUGUGGAAAAUAUAAAUAAUUGUAGUGUUAAUAAAUUAUAUAAUAAUAACCAUUUGAUACAUAAAGAAUUUGAAAAAAAUGAAGAUCAUAAUGUAAAUACAAAUAAUAAUUGUAGCGAUAAUAUUAUAUUUUUCGAAAAAAAAAUUAAAAAUAUUUCUUGUAAUAAUAAUAUUCAUAUUAAAGAAACCAAUACGAAUCAUACAAACCAAACAAAUACAAAGGAAGAAGAUAAUUUUUACAAUUUUUUUAAAAAUAAUAUAAAAAAUAGAAGACCAUGUAAUAAUAUAUUACAAUAUUGUGUUAUAAAUAAUAAAUCUUAUUUAUUUAAUAAAAUAUCGUCCACCCAAAAAAAUAAUCAUCAGUUUUCUUUAUUUAUAUAUUCUUCUAUCAAUAAUACAUUUAUAGAAUUUCGACCCCAGUCUAUCAAAGAAAUAUUUUAUGAACUUAUCAUGUUAGAAGGAAAAGAUAAAAAUUUUAUAUAUAAAAAAAAUAUGAUGAUAAAAAAAAAAAAUUUGAGCAUUUAUAAAAAGAAUUACUUCUAUAUUAUUUUAAAUGAAUUAAGAAAAAAUAAAAAAAAUAAAAAAAAAAAAAAAGAAUUAACUAAUAUAGUGUUUAAGUUAAUUGUUAAUUUGUGUAAAAAUAAAAAAUAUUUUAUAGCUGCUAAUAUAUUUAUUAACAUGUAUAAAUAUUUAAAUAAUAAAGAAAAGAUUAUCUAUGAUAUUAUAAAAAUAUUUUUCCUUCAUAAUAAAUUAUAUGUCAUUUCAUUAUAUUACACAAUGCUAAAAAAAUAUGCUCUUCAAAAUAAACAAUAUGAAUGUGUCAACAAAAAGAAAAAAAGAAAAAAAAUCAAACACGCAAGUUAUAAUAUAAAUCGAACGACAUUUCUUACAACCAAUAGUUUAAUGACAAACAAUGAAAAGGAAGCAUAUAAUAAUACAAUAAGAGUGAAAAAAAAAAAAAAAAUAAAUAUAAAAAUUAAUUUUAAAUUAAAAAUAGAAAAAAAUGAAAUUGAGCAGGUUCAUAUCAAACAAAGUGAUAAUAUUAUAAAUCGACAAAUAAAAUAUAUUACCUUAAUAAGAAAAAAAAAUAAAAUUAAAAGUAUGUUAUAUAUAAUAUUUUAUGUAAUAAAAUAUUAUCAUAAUAUAAGUAUAAUUGCAGAAGAGAGAAAUAAUAAAAAAAAAAUAAUAAAUAAUAAAAAAAAUAAUAAUAAUAAUAAUAAAAAUAAUCAUAAUAAUAAAAAUAAUAAUAAUUAUUAUUAUCAUUGUGAUAAAAUAAUAAGCCCUUUUUGUGUGCAAAAAGAAGAGAAUUUAUCAAUAAAUAUUAAAAAAAAAAAAAAAAAAGAACGUCAUAAUUUAAUAUUAGAGGUAGAAAAAAACAGUGAAAAAAAAAAAAAAUUUGAAAUGUAUGAAAAAAAUAAAAAAUAUUAUAAUAAACAUAUAAAAAAAAAUGAGAAAAGUCAAAGAAAUGAAAAAAAAAAAAAUUUCUUUUUUUUUACAAAAAAUAUAUUUAAUAAAUUUCUGGUUUUUUUGUUAUACACAAGUAUUUAUGAAUUUAAAAAAAUAUUUGAAAGUUCUUCUAGCGAGGAUUUAAAUAUAUAUAUGUUGACUAAACAUAUAAUAUAUUUAUUAAAAGAUAAUUUUCUAUUUAUAAAAAAUAGAUUAAAAAAUUAUUAUAAUUUAUAUCAUUAUACAUUAAAUUGCCGUGAUAAAAUAAAGAAAAUAUAUAAAAGGAAUUAUUUAUUAUAUAAAAAAAAAAAAAAAAUAUAUGAUAAAUUAAAAAAUAUAAAUAUUAAAAUAAAUAGUAGUAGUAAUAAUAGAAAUAUUAAUAAUUAUUGUAAUCUAAUAAAUAAUUGUAAUAGUUUUAAAAAGAAUUAUAAUAAUUUAAACAUUAAUAAAAAAAAAUAUUAUUAUAAACAAAAGUGUUUACAUUAUUCUUUUUCUUGUUCUUCAUCUCCAUUUUGUUUUUCUUCGCAAGCUAAAGAAUAUCCUAUAAAGAUUAUUUUUAGUAACGCUGAAAAAAAAAUCCUUUUAGAUAUAUUAUUAUAUAUUUUCUUUCAUUUUGAUAUUAUUACUUUUAAACAUAUUGAAUGUUUUUUUAAAGACUGUUUAAAUAAUGAUUCAGAAUUAUUAUCUGUCAAGAAGAAAACAUUAAAUUUUGAAGAAAAGCAAAAAAUAAUAAAUACAAUAAGAAAAAAAAUACACUUGAAUAAUAUAAUUAAUAUAAAAAAUAAGGAAACAAAAGAAAAUAAACAAAAAAAAAACUAUAUAAAUUAUAAUUCUGAUACGAAUUGUAGAUUUAAAAACAUUGUUGGUCAAGAAUUUUAUACUAUUCAAAAAAGAAAACAACAACAAUAUAUACAUCCAAAUAUUAUCAAUAAUAAUAAUAUUUGUGAUAAUUCUAUAGAGAGUAAUUCUUCUUUUUGUUGUUGCCAUAAUAAAAAUGAUAAUAAUAAUAAUAAUAUUAAUAGAAAGUAUUGUUCUAUAAACAUGAGUAAUUCAAACAAUAAGAAUAAUUUAACAUAUGUUAAAAAAACAAAUAAAGAACAUUUAAAAAAAAAUGAAAAGGAUGAAAAAAUAUUUAAUAUGAAUCGUAAAAAAUACCAGAAAAAUAUUAAAGAUCAAAAUGGAAAUAAUCCAAAUGAAAACAAUAAUAAUAAUAAUAAUAAUAGUAAUAAUUAUAUAAAUACAAAUUAUAGAUACAUUUGUAAAAUAAAUAAAAAUGCUUAUGAUAAUAGUCACAUCUCUCAAGAUACCUCAUUCAAUACAUUUGAUUACUUCGAAAAUCAAUGUGAUAAUAUGAAAAAAAUGGAGAUUAUAAAAAUGUUAUUAAAUAUAAAAAACGAAAAAGUAUUCAUAUAUUUAAAACAAUGUAAUUGUAAUGUUGUCAAAGAAAUUAUUCAUAAAUAUGUUAUAAAACUAUGUAAAUUAAAUUUAAAAAAAACAGUUAAAUUGUUAUUAAUUAUAAAUAUAAAAGAGAAAAAUAAUCAAGAAUAUCUUUUUUAUCCACAUAUAAUUAUAAAAAAAUUAAAAAAGAAACCAUAUUUUCUAUAUCAUUAUUUGAAAAAUAUAAAAGAUGAAGAUUAUCUUAGAAAAUAUAUAAAUCUAAUAAUUUUUUUAAUGUUUAUAUUUGAUCCAUUAUAUCUAGAAAAAUUUAUUAACAAAUAUUAUAAAUAUAUACAUUUUAAACAAGUUCUAUUUUUUAUAUACUUUUUUAAUUAUUUAUAUACAACUCAAGAAAACAUUUUAACCUUUAAAAAGAAGGAUAUGCAAACUAUUAAUAACAACUCAAAUGAUCAAACAGUAGAAUGUAAUGACAAUAAUAUAAAGACCGACAUGCUUAUUUCAAAUAUGAAGAACUCAGAUAUACACAAUAUAUUGUGUGUAGAUAAAAAUAAAAUUCAAAAGGAUGAAAAAAUAAUAUGUAAUAAUAAUAAUAAUAAUGAUAAUUCUAUUAAUAAGAAUACAUCUUCAAAUGUAAUAGAAGAACAAAAAAAGAAUCAUAUUCUUUCAUAUAUUUUAUGCAAAAAUAAUUUUAUAAUUAAUAAGAAAGAUAAAUUAUUUAAUAAUCGUAAUAGAAAAAAACGUAUGUUCUAUUUUAAAAAUAAAUACGUUUCUUUGAUAUAUAAACAUUUAUUAAAUGAUAAAGAUAAUGAAGAAGAUAAACAACAAUUAAAGAGCCUUUUUAAUAUUGUUCAAAAUAACGAAAGAAAGAAUAUAAAUAGAAAGAUGCAGUUUUUUCUACAUAUUAAAGCUUUAGUUUAUUUAAAAUUUGGAUAUAUAAAUAGAGCUCUACAAAUCUUCUUGAAGUUAAAUAAUUAUUUUAAAAUAUUUUAUAUUAUGAUACAUCAUAACAUUAAGAUAUAUGACGAACGUAUAAAAAGAAGGAUUAAAUUUUAUUUGGGAUCAUCAGAUUAUUUUAAUAAUAGUAUGAAGAAGGAUACCUAUGGCUUAUAUAAAAUAGAUAAUUAUAAAAAUAAAACAGAAAAGAAUAAUAAUAUGAAUAAUAAUAAUAUUAAUAAUAAUCAUAGCAAUAUUUAUAAUAAUAUUUAUAAUUAUUAUUAUCAUAAUGAUUAUGAUGUUAUGAAAAAAUUAAACAACCAUGAGAAUACAAUAGUUAUAGAAAAAUAUUAUGAAGAUAAUAACAAUAAUGCUUUUAUAAAUUAUGAUGAUAUAUUAUAUAAUAAAGGAGAAUCAAAUAAUUAUAAUGAAGAUACAUUGUCUUUUAAAAAUAAAAUUAAGGAACAUAAAAAAUUUGCAUUUAAUAAAAAAUAUAAAAUAAUAAAAUAUAUUGAUAAUGAAUUUAUAUUUAAAGUUAAUAAAUACUUAUGCAAAAAAAAAAUAUAUAAAAAAUUAUUUAUGAUUUAUCAUAAUAUUGUUAUUUAUAAACAUAUUUUAAAUUUAAAAAAUAAAGAUGAUAAUAAUAUAUUCAACACAUAUGAUGAUGAUAUGAGCUUGAAUAUAAACGAUACAUUGGAUGAAAAAAAUAAAUCAUUUAAUAGUAUUGAUUAUAUUAUAGAAAAAUAUAUAAAUAACAAUUCAGAGUAUUCCUUUUAUGAUAAACAAAUAAUGAUAGAAUUAUAUAAUAAUCAACAUUAUAUGAUAAAAAAUAUAAAAGAAGAAAAAAAUAAAAAAAUAAAAAAUAAUAAUAAUUAUAUCAUAUCACAAAGAAAAAAAAAAUAUAUAAAUUCUAAUAUGUUAGGUAAAAAAGAUAUGAAAUAUAUACAAAACAAAAAAUAUAAUAUGUUAUAUAUAUAUAACAAUAAUAAUAAUAAUAAAUAUAUAAAAAACAAAUUACAUAAAUAUAAUUGUGAUACAAAAAUUUUACAGAAUUAUUUAAAUAAUAAUAUUAAUCAUCAUAUGAAUUAUUUCACAUUAACAUAUUUAUUAGAACAGUGCUUUUAUAAAAAUGAAUUAUGUGAUAAUUAUAACAAUAUAUUAUUAAAUAAUAAAAAGUCAAUAUUUAAUUUCUUAAAUAAUAUGAAAAAAAAAGGAUAUACUAUAUAUAAUGGACAUAUGAAAACAGACAUCAAAAAAAAUGAAGUUAACUUAAUAGAUAUCAAUGAUUUCUAUUUUCUAAAUAAUACAAAUAACAAAACAGAAAUUAACAAAAAAAAUUCAGAUACCAGUAUCUAUUUUGAUGAAUAUGAUAAUAAUAAUGAUACACAACAACACAAUCACAAUCAAAAUGAAAAACAUAAAUAUAAUAUACAAAAAAGAAAAAUAUCAUCAAAUGUUUAUCUUUAUGAAGAUAUAAAUAAUAAUCAAUACAUUUCAAAUAUUUCUUCUUUCUGCUCCUUAUGUUUGAAUAAUGUAUAUAUUAAUUCAAAUACACAUAAGGAAGCAAAUAAAAAAAACACGCUUGUAUUCUUUUUUUGUAAUCAUUUAUAUCAUUUGAAGUGUCUCCACAAUAAUGAGUUCUUAUGUAAGUCAUGUGAAGCAUGA